AGCACAUGCAGCUGGUGCUCUCGCGCCCCGAGUCCGUUUCCGGGUUGGCCUCUGUCUCUCCCCAUCGCCAUAACCAGCUCUGAGCAUCGGGUCAAAUUACUUUUUUUUUAUCUGUAGUGAACAUGGUGCUCCUCACAUCCUCACAAGUGUCUAUUGCGCUCUCCUCGGCCAUCGUCAUCUCAUGUACUACGGCUCUUUUCCUCAGCGGCUAUGUGAUCCAGCAGCGCACAGUGGGACACCUCCGUGCCGCAAUAAGGCCGAAUCCGUCGCCACAGAUUUACAUUCCAGACCGCUUUAGGGAGGACACCACAGAGCUCGCGGACGGGACAAUAGUGGUCUUGGACGAGUAUAACCGGCCGGUAAGACAGCGGAUUACUGUUCCCGGGAAGCCAGAUGGCCGGAAACAUGUCGUAGGUGAUGGCGAGGUCGGUGAGGUCGCUGUUGAAGUCCACGAGACUCCGAUAGAGUCACCCGACGAGCAGCAGCAACAAAGAGUACUGGCGAUUGAAACGCUACGGCAGGAGACGGAGGACGCAGAGGCAAAAGAGCCGAAACAAGAAGCAGAGAAGGCGUCUGUGCAGACAAAACCACAGCCGGCUCCAUGGGAGACGAGGGCUGAGGGAGAGCAGACCCCCAGAGAAGACACCGAACUUUCCGAGGACGAGGCACUAAAGCCUGUCAGCAGGGCGGAGAGGAGGCGGCUGAUAAAGGAGGAGAUUAUGAGGCUGGCACAGGGUGAUGAACCUGUCUAUUACCAGCGCCGGCUGUAUUGAUCUGAUCGGCUGGUGGCCACGGUGUUAUUCCAGCCGCGAGACUAGAGACAAUGGUUUGGAGCAUGAUUAUACCUGGGUGGAAUAGAAUGGUGCAAGUGUUAUUCAAUGCUCAGCGUCUGGGAUAGCUGAACUCAAGUGCUGACACACAGCGUUCAUUUACAAUAGCCAAAACAAAUCACUCGACGACCAACACGCGAUCAAAUAAUUUGCGGACCAACUUUUUUUGGCUUCAGUUUGCCUGACAUUCUCAUUGUGAGCGCUGUCGCGGCCUGGUCUCCUGAGGACAACUACAUAUUGACCGUCGCAUGCUCAAAUCGACCAACCACGAACCACCAUACCGUCGCUGAAUGCACGCCGGGUAUCCCCCACAGUGCCAUAUAAAAUUACCAUGCAAUCCAAACACCAGUCCAGCCGCUGUUCAUCACGGCCCCAAUCCAUCAAUGUCGAUCUUGACUUGCAGUGGUCUGGGGCGCCGUGACGGCCCCCGGUACUUUUCCUGAGCCCUUUGACCAAAAUGAGCUCCCGAACGCCGUUGGUUUCUAUGAUUUAGAUCGUUGGCGGCCAACUACGUUUGCUUGUUGACGCCAUGCUUUCGAAAAACGUAUAAUAUGCGGUGGCUCGGUUAUCUGUGUCGUGAAGAAGAGUCCACCCGGAUAGACCUUGACGAUCCAUCGUGGCUUCGGUGGUGAUGUUUCCUCGGCGCCUCAACGGCUGAGCUGCUCUUUCGGUACUUGUCCUCGGGAAGGAUCCCAUCUGAGAGGGACGCGCCGCUCUUCAGAGCCAGACAGAGCUUGCACCGGUCACCGAAGCGGUUGACAACAUUGUGGCAGUUGACAGAGCCCUGGAAGGAAGACUAUGAAGACAUUUUGUAUUGAUUAAAAUGGUACGUAAAAGACCUUGGGAGCGAAUUCAGAUCAACUGAAUGCAGAGUGGGGUUGGCGAGAUAGGCAGAACCAAGAGGACAAAGGCGAGGUACUUCGUACAAUGCGAGGACGACUGUCCGAGUUGACGAAAGCGUUGAGAGGCCGGGAGGUUGGGGACUUGUGAAUGAGCCGGUUGAUAUUAUCUGGAGACAGAGACAAAGAGGCGAGGGGAAGUGGAAAAGAUCAACGAGCAAAGCUUUAUAUUCCUCUCGAGUCGAGCUAUAGAGAUAUGGUGCCCAGGUGGUAGCGGGCAUGGCCAUGGCCAGUCAGAGCCCUGGAGCUUAGUGACCGGGUAGUCCAAGACAGGUCGACAAAGCAAACAACUCGCAAAUCAUGUUCGAAACCCCGAGCUUAAGCUUCGUCCCCUGCCGGCCCCCUGGCGAGCCUGGGGUAACCCGUCUUUGGCAAGACGCAGGCAGGAGGUUUAUCUCGACAUUUGACUUUUCAGCAGCUUCGUAUCUUCCCCAUACCAUCUCCGCCGGGCGGUGACAAGCUGCAACGGUGCGCGCGGCAGAGCCAGACAGCCAGAGAAGCCCGCCCUCGGACCCUCAUCUCGUCCUCCUGGUGCGUGCCUGCUGGUGCGGUGCAGCCACCAGUCACCACGCCGGCUCGCGGCGGUCCAGCUCUCUGUCCUCGCCCCGGGACCAAGGUGCCAAUGCCAGUGCCAACCCAGUGCCAACCACCACUUGUGACGGCUACGGCACCAUGGCGGCUGGCAAUCCUCGGAUUGCAUGGGCGUCGGGGCACCUCUCACGGACCGAGACUCGGCAGCACUGCGGACUAGGGACGGGCUGCGUAACAAAAGAUAUUCUUGGAAAUGACACAGCAGCCUCUUGUUGCCGGCUGUCGUGGGUGUGCUGCCCGGCCAUCAAUCAGAUCGUCGUAUUGAGCGCCUUCAUUCAAGGCCUGUCAAUGGGCAUGAAGCCGCCCACCGGCCUGGAUUCCCUUUGGGACAUUUGCCCCGACAUCAACCGGCAUCCCGCCACGGCCGUCUCGUCUGAAGCCUGGCCCAUCAGCUACCUGCUCGGUUUCGCCUCGAGUUUCGUCGGCUAGCGAGCCGAGAAGAUCAGGGCAGACACAGCACGCUUGAGGACGGCCCUGUGGCUUCACUCGAGGCACGCAGCCGAGACUGGGUUCGUCGGAAAACUCUGGCUGGACAGGCUGGACAGGCUGGAACCUCCAGAAGCCUAGACCUCGCCGCUGCAUGGAGCCUCCUGGGCCUGCAUCACACCCUGCGACUGGGCUGAACCCAGCAGGCCGGGAUGACGUUCCGAGCCAGUCAGACGCACGGAGAGCUCCCUGGUCCGACGUCAGGAAUGGCGCCCACUACAGCCCACGGGUGAUGGCUGGUGCGGAGCGCAUGCGGUUGUG